CACUGGCUGCCACGUCUAAACUUCUGCCCCAGAUUUUUCAGACCACUUAACUUUCCACCUCACCAUCUUUACACUUUUUCCAGUCCCUAUUUGUCCUCCCUUUUCUUUCCCAAACUCUCCAUCCUGUAUUGUCACAGCAAAGAGGCAGUUUCUAGGUUUGGAGAUGUUAAAAUUGCCCAGUAGUGGCCCAGUUUACACAGGUUUGGGGUGCACAGACCCUUCAGGGGAAGUUUUUCUGUCUGCUCUCUACCGAUCAUGUACUGGAUGAGGUGGAUGAAAUAAAUACUUUAAAAUCUGAUCUCCCCCGUCUGCUAUGUCCUUGCAGGGCCCUUCCUUUCCUUUCUGGUCCAGCCAUUUGCUGAAGAUUCCUGGGACACAGUCUGUUUCCCACCUCAAAGGCUGAGGCUGUAUAUCCACUUGUGGCUGCAUGUGGGACCACUGUUCUCAUGAAUUUCCUACCCUUCUCCCCAGUACUAUGGUCUCUCCUCACUUUGUUAUUCCCACAGUGCCUCUGGCCCACAGUCCUCCAGGACCUCUUCCUGAGCCCAUGCACUCUGAAAGAAGGCAUAACUUUCCUUCUUCCAAAAACAAAAACCAGAAUAGCAGAAGAGUAAACACAAAUAUGCGGGUAGCGCUGCCCCUGCCCUCUCCUCCCUUCCAGUCCCCAUGCUUCCUUUCUAAACUGAUCUUCUCCCAUGCUUUACACUGUUAUAAGGUCACAGACCUUUUCUGCACCUGCUUGCUGUUGUUUUCCUUUCCUUAGCAACUAGUCUGUGUUACCUGCUAGAUCCUGGUGUCCCUGCGGAAGUGAAGAGGAAAGAUGAUGAUCAUUGAUCACAGCUGUUGCCAGUGGCCUGACUGCUCUGUGCCUGUGGUCUCUGACCACUGUUUGACCCACCACCAUAGUUGUAAUGACCACCAUCAAAGCUGUCACAGUACCAGUGAGAUAACUUCACCAUUGGCAGGAGCAAAAGAGGACUCCGCUCCACUGCUGUAGGAACCUCCUCUCUAGGGACCUGCUCCUUCUCCUCCCUUUCUCAGUAAGAGGGCCAGGAGUAAAGAAAAGGAGGAACCUGUCUCAGAAGACUUUCUAGAUGGUUCACAAUUCCUUAUCCCUUUGCCUGCUGGCCCAGCAGCUCUAGGCCACUGCUCCCAGCACUCACACCCAAACAAGAACAGAAGGGAAAGGUCAGAAGGAGCUGGUGUAGGGCUGUAGGGAACCCCACUUUUGUAUGGUGCUCAUCAAUUCCCAGAGAAAAUAUCUGUAAGGUCUUUAAGUAAGACUUUUAUUUGUGCUAUUAUCUUAAGAGGAGUGAUAGGGCAGAAGGGUAGUGGCCAAGGAGCCAGUCAUCAACAUGUCACUAGGCUGCAAUGGUUUCUUUGAUUCAAGCAAUGUAAUUGCAGACCUUGGUGUGGACACUGGGAUGACCUUUCAGAGCACACUCAGUUCCUGAUGACAUGAAUCCUUGGAGUUUUCCAAUGCAUACAUCUGGGACACCUGAGUCACCCCGAGGAGAAAAAUUUAGAAGCAUGAGCUGAUCUCACCUGGAAAGGGUUUGACCUGGUACAAAGAAUCUAGGGAAUGCAAAGUGAAGUGCAGCAAGUCCUGAUACGGAAGCACAGAAAGAUAGCGCCCCUUAUUUGCUGACCUCCCCUACCCCGCAACAAUUAACUGCUGAAAACUGUGGAAUUAACUGCUGGAAACUGUGGAAUUAACUGCGGAAAGCACAGGGUGCACAUACGUGUAGGCUGAGAAAUGGAAACUGGCAAAUGCAGUUGAGAGUGUCAGAAGAGUUCUAAUUUGCUGGGGGGAAGCUAGGGCUGAGAAAGGUUGGAAGUAAGCCCUGUUAGUGAAGAAACCAGAGAGAUCAUGAAGGCUCUGCAGAGUUGGAGGCUGACGUUAUAGCAGAAUGUAAGAAAGAACAUGUAAGGUGUUUGUUGAAACCAUUAGAACAGUGGUUUCCAAACAUUUCUGAUCACGCACCUUUACCAGUAAAAUGUUUUUGAACAUGCACCCCCAGUGUAUGUAUAUUUAGUAAUUGAUAAUUAUAUACAUACAAUAUUGAAGUUCUAAUGUUUCCAUCCCACACCCCAGUGCAUCAUCUUGUGCACCCCCAGGGGUGCAUGCACCCCUCUUUGGAGACCACUGCACUGGAACAUCAUAAACCAAGAGCCUGUCCCUGAUCGUCAAUUAUAGAUGCAAAGAGCAGAAACGCAAAACCCUUCCCAGAUGCUCUCCUGGACUUGAGCAACUGGGGACUUGAUGUUCGUAGGUCAGAUGGGACAUCUUUCAACCAGCUCCUCCCAGGCAAAGAGAGAGACUUGGGAAAAGAGAAUCAGUGGUGCCUCCACCACCAAGGUCUGUAAGAUGUACAAGGACUAGCCUCAGAAACUCCUCUGCUUUAUGCUCCUCGGAAGUUUUAUCUCUGUCAGCGCAUGUUCUCACCACCUUUCCCUUUCCCAGGAUCUUGCAUCAGCCUGGACAAAUGUAUUUACUUUAUCUGAGUCCAGUGAUGAUACAUCUGACUGAAAUACUUGAACUAGGAACAUGGAUUUCUAGAAAUGCAAGGUGCCAUUGCUUGGCCAUUGAUGGUAUCUAACACAGCUGCCCUCCACUCACUGAUCCUCCUUCUUCCUGUGCCCCUGGAGCUGCAGCUUUGCAUUAAAUGAGAGACUUGUUUGCACCUGGAGAUGUAUCCCUGGAGCGUAUUUUUUGAAAGACCCUGAAAAAAACCUUGCAAUGGGUCUGUGGGAUGUUCAGCAGCAUUGAGCAGAAGAGGGUAUUUACAUUCCAGGUAGGGAUUCGUCAUCUUAAAGAAAGGAAGCAGAAACGGCAGGAGAUGUUCCAAUUUCAUCCUGAAUGCAAAGGAUUCUCUUCAUCCUUCACAGUUCCCACUGAAAGGCCUGAAGGGCUGUUCUGAAGCAGCCUGUCUGCUGGAUGACCCCUGAGCUGUGCAUCAAAAACAGCCCUUUGCCUUCAUUUGAGAUCAGUAUCCUCCAGGAGCUGCCCUGCUGGCACACACCCUGGAGUUCUGGAAUACAUGGGAGCCUCUAUAGCAGGGGCCCCUUUUACAGAGGGGAAUAUAGGAGAAUGGGAGGGACUCGGGUGAGGCAUGUUCACUAGAUAUCUGACAUCAAGGACUUAGGAACACAAGAACCACAGGAACUGUGACCCAGGACUUUUGCCGUGAGCUCUGGCAGUAGCCUGGGAAGAGGUCAGUACUGUCCUCUUGGUGACUUAAGCAAGUAGCCUAGAGAGUUUCAGAGAGACCUUUUCUUCAAGGAGAUCACCAGCCGGCCCUAUAUGAUGCCUUUCCUGCUGUUGAGAAGAACUGAUCUGUUAAAGACCAGAACAGGUUAAAUAAGUAACAAGGGAAAAGAAAAAAAGUACCAAGAUAAAGGCAGGUAUGGUCAAGCUUCCCAAUUCAAAUGCUGAAUUACUGGAUUUUCCUGAAAUUGUUUGUGUUCACAGUAUUUUUGUUCAUACACAUUACAUGCAUAAGCAUCAAUGUUAUACUGAAAUUCUUCCGUGGCAAAAAUUAGUAUCUGUAGAACAUUCCAAAGCUAAAUAAAAAAAUACAUGUUUUGGUACUUCGGCCAAUAUUAUCAUAAAGAUUAGGUGAGAGAAAUGCUUUCAAAGAGAUGUGGUGAGAAUUCCCACAUUUGAGCUAUUUAACUUGGAAGGGGGGAGGGGGGUAGGCACAGAAUAGUUUUUUCACAGAAUCACAGAAUCACAGAAACUUCAGAGUUGGAAGGGACCUCUCGGGAUCCUCUAGUCCAACUCCCCUGCUAAAGCGGGAUUGCCUAGAGCACAUUACUCAGGACUGCAUCCAGGCGGGUCUUGAAAAUCUCCAGAGAAGGGGACUCCACAACCUCCCUGGGCAGCCUGUUCCAGUGCUCUGUCACCCUCACUGUAAAGAAGUUUUUCUGUGUAUUUGAAUGGAACUUCCUAUGUUCUAACUUGUGCCCGUUGCCCCUCGUCCUGUCACUGGGAACCAAUGAAAAGAGCCUGGCACCAUCCUCCUUCAACCCACCCUUUAGAUACUUGUAUGCCAUAAUAAGGUCUCCCCUCAGCCUUCUCUUCUCCAGGCUAAAGAGUCCCGGCUCUCUCAGCCUUUCCUCAUAAGGGAGAUGCUCCAGUCCCUCAAUCAUCUUAGUUGGCCUACGCUGGACCCGCUCCAGUAGUUCCCUGUCCCUCUUGAACUGGGGAGCCCAAAACUGGAUGCAGUAUUCCAGUUGUGGCCUCACCAGUGCAGAGUAGAGGGGGAGAAUGACCUCCUUCGACCUACUGGCCACACUCUUCCCUAUGCAGCCCAGGAUUCCAUUGGCCUUUUUGGCAACAAGGGCACAUUGUUGGCUCAUGGAUAAUUUACUGUCUACCAGGACCCCCAGAUCCUUCUCCUCAGAACUACUUCCCAGCAGGUCCACCCCUAACCUAUACUGGUGCUUAGCAUUCUUCCUCCCCAGGUCGAGGACCUUGCACUUCCUUUUGUUGAACCUCAUUAGGUUCUUCUCUGCACAGCUCUCCAGCCUGUCCAGGCAGCACGGCCCUCCGGACCGUCAGCCACCCCUCGCAGUUUGGUAUCAUCAGCGAACUUGCUGAGGAUACACUCUGUCCCAUCAUCCAAGUCAUUAAUGAAUGACAUUAAUUAAUGUUAAUUAGUGAUGACAUUUUCAUCCUCAUUGAAAUUACUUUUGAAUCAUUUUAUUUGGGGAAACACUGUGUUCUAUAUGAUAAAAACACACGCGAACACAUACAUAAAUCAAGAAAAGGAAUUUGAUAAAAUACAAUUAACAAAUGAACACUGAGAGGUUUGGGGGUGUUUUGUUUUGCUUUGCUUCGUAUGUCUUGUUUUGUUUAUUUAAAUCUAAAUGCAUAGUAUUACUGUCCAUUACCUACAAUAUUCAGCUUCCAGUAAAAAUACACAUUUUUAAUAAUGACACCAUCAGUGCAGAGGAAUCUCAAAGGGGUUUGAGGGGUGCCCUCAACAGGUGCUGCGUAUAGGAAUGAGAUAGACAAACAACUACACACCUUCCAAAGCCCAAAGGUAUUUUUAAGUUGAAGGCUGCCCUCUGAAAUAAUUUGAAAUAGCUCUCUAUCUUAGGAAAGGUUUAUUAUUAACUGAUAUGUUAUUUUUACUUUCUGCCUGUGCCUGUUAAUGACCACAUUUGGAUCUUCAAAUUUUCCACUGUGUACUUUUUCUCCGGAGAAAACCUUGGACUAGAGAUAAGGCCAUCUCAAAAAAUGUAUUUCUAGCAGCUCACACUUGCAGUCCACCAGUCGGGGCGUGAGGCUGUGUCGAGAUCAUGAAAUUCAUACUGUUUCUCACCUUUGUUGGGGUGGCUGUUGCCUUCCCCGUCAAUGCUGACGAUGAUGAUGACAAGAUCGUGGGAGGCUACACCUGUGCAGAGAACUCUGUCCCCUACCAGGUGUCCCUGAAUUCUGGGUAUCACUUCUGUGGAGGUUCCCUCAUCAGCAGCCAGUGGGUUGUGUCGGCUGCCCACUGCUACAAGUCGCGCAUCCAAGUGCAGCUCGGGAAACAUAACCUGGAACUCACAGAAUCGACACAGCAGUUGAUCAAUUCAGCUAAAGUCAUCCGCCACCCUCGCUUCAGCUCCAUAACACUGGACAAUGACAUUAUGCUCAUCAAGCUUUCCGUACCAGCCCAGCUCAACCGAGCUGUCCAAACAAUUCCUCUGCCUACCAGCUGUGUGACCACAGGCACCACGUGCCUCAUCUCUGGCUGGGGCAACACACUCAGCAAUGGCAAUUUGUUUCCAGACACCUUGCAGUGCCUGAAGGCUCCCGUACUCUCCGCAAAAGAGUGCAGCGAUGCCUACCCUCGGCAAAUUACCAACAAUAUGAUGUGUGUAGGAUUCCUGGAGGGAGGGAAAGACUCCUGCCAGGGGGAUUCCGGCGGUCCAGUAGUCUGCAAUGGGCAGCUCCAGGGCAUUGUUUCCUGGGGUAUUGGAUGUGCGCAGAGAGGCUAUCCCGGAGUUUACACUAAGGUUUGCAACUACGUCUCCUGGAUCCAAGACACUAUAGCUGCCAACUGAGACGCUCUCUCUCAUUCUAUGAUGUGACCUGUUUCUUCUCCUCAUCAUUUUCUUCCGUUUUGGGACUGGACACACCAAAAUUAUCAAAAAAUAAAGACUUUCAGGCACCCCUUCUUUGUGCAACAUUUCUCUGGGUACUUCCAUAAGCCAUUUGUAUGGAGGGCAAAGGCAGGGAAUGUCACUCCGGGGAAAAUAUUUAAUAUUUGUAGUGCCUCUCAACUAGCAGGGUCUUGCAACAUUUUUCAGCUUCAUCUUCAGGAGCCUGUCAGUGAGUUGCAGGCAGCCAUCCUUUCUGUUUAUCAGCAUCUACUCAGGUGCUACAAAACUGCCUAAAAAAGCCGACAGAGUGCGCUGAAUCAUACAGGCAGCAGACUCCUACU